AUGGGACCCCUUACAAAUAUCUUUGUCUUUGCCUGGGUCUUUAUAUUCACUCUUUGGAAUCCUAUCCAGCUGACUGUGGAAAAUGAAUUUAUUGCAAACUAUUCAAGCAGUUUGCUAACUAGUAUCCCAAAAAAUAUUUUAAUCCAUACUCGUCUAUUAGAUUUAUCACAUAAUAGGAUCUCUGAACUUAGUAUCUUUGAUUUUAUGUCUCUUUCUGAGCUUCAAGUAUUGAAUCUUUCUCAUAAUCUAAUUACAGAGCUUGACUUCAAUGUCUUCAUGUUUAAUCAGGGUUUAGAAUACUUAGAUUUGUCUCAUAACAACAUUUUGAAAGUUUACUGUCAAAGUGUUGCACGUCUCAGACAUUUAGAUCUUUCUUUCAAUAAGUUUGCUGCCUUGCCCAUCUGUAAGGAAUUUGGGACCAUGUUUCAUCUGGAGUACCUAGGAUUAAGUGCCACGAUGAUACAGAGAUCAGACUUCAGAUACAUCACACAUUUGCAGCUGCACACUGUCUUCCUAACCUUAGAAGAAUUUUCUAGGUAUGAACCUCGGAGUCUGAUAGCCUUAAAUACAAGGAGCCUUCACAUAGUUUUUGCAGCAAACCAAAACUUCAUUUUUUCCCUCUUGUAUGAUGGAAUGAGCACCUCAGAAAAUUUAAAAAUAACUAACCUAAGAUAUAUGUUGAGUUACAAAGAUUUCCCUUCUCCUCCUUUUGAGCUUCUGAAAAAAAUCAAGACAACAGCUCUGAUGCUUGACAAUGUGGAUUUGCAAUGGGGUAUCAUUUUUCAAAUUUUCCUACUUAUUUGGAAUUCACCUGUGGAGUACUGGACUGUGAAAAAUUUGACUUUUCGUGGAUCAUUGGGGAAGCUGACAGAAUAUGAAUUUUUAUUCUUAUUAAGCUUUCAGGAACGAUCGGUCUAUUGGGGUGGCUCCAUGAAAGCACUAACUUUGGAGCAUGCUCGCAAUAAGGUUUAUUAUUUCAACCAGGAGAUACUAUACAGACAAUUUUCAGAAAUGAACAUUGAAAAUUUAACAAUAUAUGAUGCGUGUAUGCCACACAUGCUUUGCCCCAAGAGAACAAGCUCAUUUCAGUAUUUAAAUUUUUCUCACAACGCCCUGACAGAUGAGUUGUUCCAGAAUUGUGUCACUCUGAAAGCUUUGAAAUCACUUAUUUUACAGAGAAAUAAAUUUAAGAUCCUUUCCAAGGUGAGCUUCAUGCCCAGCCAUAUGAAAUCACUGAAAUAUUUGGACAUGAGCAAAAACUUGCUGCAUCACGAUGGGGCUGAGGGGCGCUGCGAGUGGGCGAACUCACUGGCAGAGCUGGACUUGUCCUCCAAUCAGUUGACGGAGUCUGUGUUUGAGUGCUUGCCCGUCAAUAUCCAAAUCCUGGAUCUACAAAACAACCAGAUCGCAAGCGUCCCGAGGGGGAUUGCUGAGCUGAAGUCCUUGAAAGAGCUGAAUCUUGCAUCAAACCGGCUGACUGACCUGCCCGGGUGCAGCGGCUUUCCUGCCCUGGCAGCCCUGAACAUAGAGAUGAACUCAAUCCUCACGCCGUCUGCCGACUUCUUCCAGAGCUGUCAAAGGGUGGGGGAGCUACAAGCAGGGCACAAUCCGUUCAAGUGCUCCUGCGACCUGCGAGACUUCAUCCGCCUGGAGAAGCAGUCUGGGGGGAAGCUGUCGGGCUGGCCGGGGGCCUACGUGUGCCGGUACCCAGAAGACUUGCAGGGAACCCAGCUGAAGGACUUUCACUUGAGUGAACUGUCUUGCAACACCACUCUCUUGCUUGUGACAGCUCUGCUCCUGACGCUGGUGCUGGUGGCUGUCGUGGCCUUUCUGUGCGUCUACUUUGAUGCGUUGUGGUACGCGCGGAUGAUGUGGCAGUGGACGCAGAUGAAGCGGAGGGCUUGGCACAGCUACCCCCAAGAGCAGGAGAACAUGCUGCAGUUUCACGCUUUCAUUUCAUACAGCGAACGUGAUUCUUUGUGGGUGAAGAACGAGCUGAUCCCAAACCUGGAGAAGGGGGAGGGCUGUGUGCAGCUGUGCCAGCACGAGAGGAAUUUCAUCCCGGGCAAGAGCAUUGUGGAGAAUAUCAUUGACUGCAUAGAGAAGAGCUACAAGUCGGUCUUUGUGCUGUCUCCCAACUUUGUGCAGAGCGAAUGGUGCCACUAUGAGCUGUACUUUGCCCAUCACAAGUUAUUUAGUGAGAACUCCAAUAGCUUAAUCCUCAUUUUACUGGAGCCGAUCCCUCCGUAUGUCAUUCCUGCCAGGUAUCACAAGCUGAAGGCUCUCAUGGCCAAGAGGACCUACCUGGAGUGGCCGAAGGAGAGGAGCAAGCAUGCCCUUUUCUGGGCUAACUUGAGGGCAGCUAUUAACAUUAAUCUGCCAGUGUCUUUUGAAGCAAAUGAGGAGUAG